AUGUGGCGUUUGACAGUUGUUGUUUUAGCCCUUGGUGCAACUGCAGCACAAAAUGUUUCACCCAAAACGGGAGAUGAACUCGUCUCAUCUGUCCUGAAAAAUUGUGCAAAUAUGGACUGUGUCAAAAGCAACGUUUUGGGCUAUUUGGACAACAUUCUGAAAAUCGAUAGUGAUGCAAGAAAUGCAAAGAAUAUCGACGCUGCGAUCUUCAAACGAGCGGCGAAAGUUCUGAAAACGCACGAAUUCAGGCUGAAAUUGCCUGAAAUGAUCUUCGACAAGACUGAAAUUGUUUACAAUCCCAGGACUGGUCUCGAUGUCGCCACUACCGAUAUUGAAUCUCGUGGCUUGUUCCUCAAAAAGAAGAUUCUCCUCCCCUUCCUCCUCCUCCUGAAACUGAAAAUGAAAGCUCUCAUGCCAAUUUUCGUCGCUCUGAUCGGUCUGAAAUCACUCAAAGCUCUCAUUCUCAGCAAAUUGGCCAUUUUGAUCGUCCUCGGUUUCAUAAUUUACCAAUUUGUUGGUAAAAAUGGUAUGCCAAUGCCCAUGUCCAUGUCCAUGGCACCGGCUGAACCACCAGCAUCCAUGUACGGACCUCCGUCCACGGCUCCACCAAGUUCGUACGAACCAGGAUGGGAACCCAAUCAAGGUGGUCCAUAUUCCAGAGUCUGGACCAAUGACAAUUCAGCACAAAACAUAGCCUACUCGGCUUAUUACCCCGGCCCAUCGAGUACCACCACCUCACGUCCUUGAUUUGAUCCUGCGAGAGCCUUAAAGUUAUUUAUUGUUGCACUGUUGGAAAUAAAUUAUUUUGUACAUAGUGA